AGUUAGCAUUUGUUCGCCCCACGCACAACACCUCACAAGUAUUUUGCAACAUGUAUUCCAAGAUCAUUGUUGUUCUGGCCCUUGUCGCCGCCAUCAGUGCUCAAAGCCACUACGGACAUCAACAACACUACCAGCCCCAGCACUACCAUCACGAAGAGGAGCAUCACGGACCAGUGCACUACGAGUAUCACUACGAUGUGCAUGAUGACCACACCGGUGAUGUUCACGGCCAGAAGGAGGCUCGCAAGGACGACUCUACUCAGGGCGAGUACUACCUGAUCGAUGCCGACGGUCACAAGCGUACCGUUACGUACCACGUUGAGGGCAAGAGCGGAUUCAUCGCGGAGGUGCACCGCGAGCCGAUCAAGGGAUACCAGGCACCGCAGCCCCAGCACCACCAAUAUCAGCCUCAUCAUGAGGCUCCGGCUCACUACAACUAUCAACACUAAAGAAUAGUUUAGCUCUACACAAUAACGGUAAUAAACUUACGAUAUAACUUUGAAAACCUGAUUCAGUGAUUUAAUUUAGUUACAUUCAUUAGCUAUUUAUACAUUUCAUACAGAGAUUUUUAAGGGACGGACCCGUGGUACAGUCGUCAAUUCGUACGACAUAAUUACAUGCCCGUCAUGGAUUCAAGCCUAAAAUUGACCCCCGAAGAAAGCACUGUGUAUCCGGCUGCGUGGUAUUGAAAUCCUACACCGGAAAACGUGGUACAACAUGGUUAGGUGAGGCGAAAUGAUCACCUGCAUUAUUGACAAAUUAUCAUGUUUAAAAUGACUUCCAAUGAUUGAAUUACAUAAUAUAUAAUGUUUAAAGCGCACCACGAACGUUUCAUAACCUAAGAUUUCUAAAUAAAUGAAUAGAUUAGGAAAAAAAUUCUUGCUUAUCACAAUGUAAUAUUCACCGUCUCGAAAAGAAGCUUCCGUAAGAAUUUUACAAAUAAUUAAAUUAAAAAGAUGAUGGGAGUUCCGGAUCGGUAUCGUAAAUCCUCUACAUCACCCACAUUCUUAAUCUGGAUUCGUUUCCGAAAUAAAUAUAGCUUCGAAUCCGGCUGUUCCUUACGAAUACAGAUCCGAUUGGCUCCGAUUGAAUCUGGAUUACUCCGAUCGAAUCCAAAUGGCUCCUAUUGAAUUCGUUAUACUACCGCGCCUAAUUCGUAAAGCAAAAUACUUAAACUAUAAAAGCAAGCUUGCAAGCAACCAUAACUCCUAGUUAACAUUGCUGUCUUCAUAGCUACACAUAUGUACAAGCAAAAAUUCGAUCGUCUAUAUCAG